AUUUCCUGGAAGAACCAAGAUAGUAUUAUAAAAAAUUAAGGCAGUACGAAUAUUAUUUACUCUAAAAUAUCUGUACUUGAUUUCAACAAAAAUGUAAAAUUAGGAAUUCAUAACUGAUAAAUGUCAAUGAAAUUAUUUAGACAAUGUUUUGAUACUUAAAAAUGUAUUAAACUGUAACAUGUUUGUAAAAAAUAUAUAACUAUGGAACAGGGCUUAAAACCGUUUACCGGUUUUUCACGAAAACCGUUAAAAACCGUAAAUUUUAAGAACCUUAAACCGGUAAUCUAUUUUAUCCGCAUUUUGGAAAGCGAAUAUCGGUAACCGAUUAACAAAAGUUUAUAAUGUCAUAUACAAAACACCAAUUAUCACCAUUUCUGAAAAUCGUUCAUUUAGCGAUACCCGGUAACCAGUAGAAAUAUUGCGGAAAAAGAUUAUUUUGUUCCAAUAAAUUACCUACCAAUUAUUUAUUGUUAUUUCAGUUUAUAUUCUAGUCUCUAUUUAGUAGAAAAACAUUUAUCAGUGGGUACUGGGGAAUACCUAUAUUGAAGUUAUGCAUUUCAUUAUAUAGGUAGAUAUACAAUGUCAAAUACGUACAUGCUAUACGGGCAAUAUACAAUAGGUUUAUGAUGUAAAUAAAUAUAUUAUAAAUUAAAAAUAAUAUAUUUAUUAUUUAUAGCUGUACUGAUUAUUUAAUAUUACUGGUAUUCACUAUUUCCCUUUUGGCUGUUUCCUGUACAACGGUCUACAUGGUUAUUUAAUAUUAAUGAUCUACAAAUUAUAUAAUAUAAAUUAUAAAUAUAUAUUAUGUAUAUCAUAUUAUUUACUUGUUACCUGCUAUUAUUCGUAAUUAUUUAUUUAUUUCGUUCAGUAUUUUUGUAUAGCACUCCUUACAGACCACCGUAUUGUUGUAUAGUGUACAGACGUACAUUGUGCAGUCGUCACUCGUCAGUUAUAUAUAUUUAAUAUUUUUGAAUAUUUUGUUGUUGUUUUCUAUUAAUCAUGAAAAAUCCAGUGCUAGAAAUGUUUUUUACGUUUAACGUAAGCUCAAAUACUUCGAAGUGCAAUAUAGAUAAUUGUAAUAAAAAUAUGACUGGUAAACAUUCCUCUAAUUUGGAAAAACAUAUUUUUUCCCAUCAUAAAAAACAAUUUAAUGAACUCCAAGAUGUUAAAAAUAGCAAAAAAAUUGAUGCUCCUGAGUCUACAUGGAAAUUCAAAAAACAAAAGAGAGACAUUGAUUCAAGUCAAAUGCUUAUGAGUUCUUUUAUUGCAAACAACACUAUAAAAAUUGAAAUGGACAAGAAGAAACUACUGUCUGCUUGUGUUGAACUAAUAACAGUGAAUGGAAGACCAAUGUGCCUAAUGCAAGAUUCUGGUUUUCAAAAAAUAAUAAAUCCAAUACUUAAAGCCUUUGAACCUAAUUCUAUAUCUAUAAAUCCACAAAACAUAAGAAGUCAUGUAUCUGCUACUGCUUUAAAAAUAGUUGCUGAAAUUUCUGACGAUAUGAAAUAUAAGAUGGUUUCAUUGAAAGUAGAUGGAGUUUCAAGACAUAAUAAGUCAUUUUUGGGAGUCAAUGUUCAGUAUAUGCACAAAGAUACAUUGACUUUAAAAAUUAAAACCUUGGCCAUUUUCGAGCUUGUUGAACGCCAUUCCUCGAAAUACUUAAAAGAUACAUUGCUUAAUGUUAUAAGUAAAUAUGGACUAACUAAAUAUCAAAUAUAUUCAAUUACAAGUGAUAACGCUGCUAAUAUGUUAAAAAUGACUGAUUUAAUGAUAAGCGAUCCAGAUCAAGAAAUAGCUGAAGACUUGAUAGUGGAUAAUGAACCAAUAGAGCUUGAAAAUGAGGUAAUUGAUGCUAUUUGUCCAGAAGCAAUUACUUCAAAAGUAAGAUGUGCAGCACACACUUUAAAUUUGGCAAUUGAAGAGGGACUGAAAAUCCAAAGUAUCCGUGGUGCUCUUGCACGAGCAAGAACAGUUGUUAAGAAAUUACGAACUCCAAUCUAUGCUGGACUACUUAAACAGGAAAAUAAAAAACAAGCCAUUCGUGAUGUGGAAACCCGAUGGUCAUCUGUGUAUGACAUGUUAUAUAGAUUUCUUGAACUCAAAGAUUUCUGUUUGAAAUUUCAAGAUACCAUGAACGAUUUAAAACUAUCUUUACCCGAUUGGGAUAAUAUUGAAAAAAUGGUGGCUUCACUAGAACCUGCAAAAAUAGGACUUGUUUCUUUACAAAAAAGUGAUAUUACCAUUGGGGAUUUCUUUGCAAUUUGGUGGAAUAUAUUAUCAAAGUUACAAAAAGUAGAUAGUUCAUUAUCACAAGCAAUAGUAAUUUCUAUGGACCGGAGAAGUAAAUUAUUGUUUGAAGAACCUAUAUUUUCUUCUGUAAUUUUUUUAGAUCCUCGGUUUCAAAGAAUGCUCAGCAUAGAACAAAAGUCAAUUGCUAAAAAUCACUUAAACAAAACAUGGAAUGCAAUGAAACUUACUUCUGAAACAAUUGUAAAUAAUGAUGUUAGUGAGACAACCACCAACGAAGAUGAUACUAUUGGUGAAAUAGAUGAAUUUGAAAUAUUUUUAAGUUCUCAAAGCAGUACACCGUGCCUUGAGGUGGAAAAUAAUGAUAAUCGUUCAAUUAGAGUUAUAAUUGAAGAAUUUGAUAAUGUGCCUCGACUUCAUCAUAAAAGCUGUGUUCUAAAAUAUUGGUCAGAGAAUAAAAUUAUAAAACCAGAAUUAUUUCAGUUAACACAAGUUGUUAUGGCUGUUCCGUGUACGCAGGUGACUGUAGAAAGGACGUUUUCCGGAUUAAAGUUUAUUUGCAACGAUCUAAGAUCAUCCAUAUCCUCUCAUUUACUUGAUGAUAUUAUGGUCAUACGAGGAAAUCAUAGUUAAAACUAAUUUUCAAUGUUGUUUAAUUUACAAUUUACAUUUUAUAAAAUUAUAAUAAAUUAUUAUAGGUACUUACAGUUUUUGUUUUUUGUUAAUUUAUAAAAAGGUGUAUAAAAAUUAAAAACCACGGUCUAAGAGUUAAGACAGAAUAGAGAUUAGAUAAUAUUAUGUACUGAGAUUUAUAUUUUAUCUUAGUCUGUGGUGUAAACACAUCAUUAUAAAUAGUUCAUAAUUGUUAAGUUAAAAAAAAAAAAAAGGUUUUGUGAAAAGCGGUAUUUAAACCGAUUAAAAUCGGUAAGUGGUGAUUUAAAUAUAUCAUAAACCGUUAAAAAUUGGUAUCCGGUAACCAUUAUAUUAAUCUGGUGUAAGGUAACCGAUAACUGGUUAACAACACUUCUUAGAACGAGAAAACUGGUAACCGGUUAGUAAAAAAUUUUCGGC